AUGUAUAGACAAAUUGCUAGAACUACAAUUGCUCGCCAAGCAACAAGAGCGCCAUUCACAAGAACGUUCCGCUUAAAUGCAUCGUCAUCCUCAACCUCUUCCUCCGCGGGAGUUAACAGCAAGUUUUUGGUUGGCUCAAUCAUACCCUUGGCUAUGGCAAUUGGAUACUAUACCGCCGGUUCCAGGCUCGUUGAAAAUGAAAGUGUCGCCGAGGCAAUCAGAAACGACUUCAAAGAAGGCGACGCAGCAGCAGAUGUGCAGCAGCAGUUGUUCUCCGACGAGCAAACGAGAUUGCAGAAGCAGAAAAGCAAGGAAGAGAUUGCCAAGAUUGAAGACAAGAAGAAACAAAACACCAAGGAGGCCAGCGGCACGGACUCCAGGGACAUCGCAGUCGACUCCGAUAUCAGGGAAAAGGCAUCGAAGGAGUUGGACACUGAUAAUACCAGACACGCUAAUAGCGACCCUAGACAAGUCGAAGCUCGGGCCGUGAAGAAGGAAGAGAUUAGAUCGGACAAGCAAUCUAGUGACGAAUCGAAGCAAGAGGCUGCCUACAACCCGGACACUGGCGAGAUCAAUUGGGAUUGUCCUUGCUUGGGCGGCAUGGCGCAUGGUACGUGCGGCGAAGAGUUUAAACAGGCAUUUUCGUGCUUUGUAUUCUCCGAAACGGAACCCAAGGGGAUCGACUGUAUAAAGAAGUUUGAAAAUAUGAGAUCUUGCUUUAAACAACAUCCAGAUGAGUAUAAGGAAGAGUUGUUUCAAGAUGACCAUGAGUUGGAUAAUGAAGCUGUCGAGCAUGUCGUUUUGGAAACUGCUGAGCCUGCAGUGCAACAGAUUGAAGGUGCUGUUGAAGAAGGCAAGUUGAAGCCUAAACAAAAGUAA